AUGGAGACAGAUCUUUAUGACUCUACAAGCUCUCCAGAUAUAUCAGAAGAAACAGCAUCUGCAGCUAUUAUUGACUCUACAGACAAUUCUUGGUAUCUAGAAAACAAGGUGCAAAAGGCAAAAAGAAAACUUACGUUCGACCAGAAGGCCCAUAUAGAAAAGCAGUACUCAGUAUUUCAGUGCAACUAUAAACAAGGAGGACUGGCAGCUCCUAUUCUCAAAGAUAUGCUAGAUGCCAGACUUCUUACAAUACUGCUCAAACUUCUAACUAGUAACACUUUUUGGGCUACUACAGAAAGAGAAAAUAUCGACACAAAGCUCCACAAUAAGAGAAAGAUCUUCACUGCUACAGCUUUGUCACAAAAUCCCUGCUUAUAUUACAGCAUGGAGAAGAUUUAA